ACAUCACACACAUGCAGCCCACCUCCAGCACAGCAUUACUCACAGCGAGUGUUUAAAAGCACCCGCUCAGACUCACAGAGGCUCAGUGUGGGCUUUCAGAUACAUGUGGGACAGUGGCGGAGUACCAGCACACGAAAAAACAACCCACGAGGCAUCUUUGUGGCCGUGGAGCAUCUGAUUUACUUCAAAAUAAUCUGAUUACAUGCAGAGAGAGACUAACGUACACAGAAUGUAUGCGCCCGGGGCCGUGCUGGCCCUCUGCCUGCCCUGCUUUUUAACUGGGAUCGUGUUCAGUUAUGAAUAUGGAGAGGAUUACUCUGAUUCCUACUAUAAUGAAAUCUCCAAUGGUGACCGCGUGCAAUCAGAAGGCACUCAGAUCCCCUGUCCACCCCUGGACCUCUCCCGCUGGGACAAACUCUUCAUUAUGCUGGAAGACUCUCAGAUGAAACAAAACAUUCUCCAUCAGCAGACUGAAGACAUGGUCAAGAAAGAGAUAGACUUCAUACGGAAGGAUCUCCACAAGCUUAACAAUAACAAAGCGUGUGUCCAAGCUUCAGAAAACACCUGCAAAUGCAUAAGCGAACAGAUGAACCGCAAUCUGAAGCAAGUUAUGGAGCAGCUCAGAGAGGCUGCAGACUCACAUCAAGCCCAAAACAAUGAGACGCUGCAGCAGCUCAUUCAGCUGAGCAGACAUCAGGCUUCCCGUCUCACCAAACUGGAGUUAGGAGCAGGACUGGGGCAGGUGGCGGUAAAGUCUUUUUCUGUUUAUCCAAAAGAACAAGAAGCGAGCAGUGCAGACGGUGGGAAGCUGGAGAGAGCACUAACGGCCGCCACCGCUGAUCUCCAAAGGGUGCAUGCCCAACUGGCCCUUUUCCAGAGAGCAACAGUACACCGCUAUCUGCCCUCAGGGUGUGAAAUGGCUUUAUUAUUUCCAAUGCGCUCCAAGCACAUCUUCGCAGAAGUAACACCCUCCAUGUCCAUGUCUCUACAAACAUUCACCCUCUGUCUGUGGGCCAAAGUGACUCAGUCUCUUAAGAAAACAGUUCUUUUUUCUUACGGAACCAAGAUAAACCCUCAAGAGCUCCAGCUACUUCUGGCAGGUCGCUCACUGCUUCUCAAGGUAAGCGGUGACACUGGUCUAGUGGAAGCUCCUGGUGUAGUAACAGAUGGGCAGUGGGGACACUUUUGCGCCACUUGGAGCUCAAAACAGGGUCUGGCCGAUUUGUGGGUGAAUGGAGAAAGUGUUGCCAGAGUGUCUGGAGUAGCAGAAGGCCACGAACUGCCCAGUGAUGGCUUCAUUUUGCUUGGGCAGGAGAGCAGCCGGUCGGGAAUUUACAGAGAUCUGGACUCAACAGUGGUCUUCACUGGGAAAAUGACAGGGGUGAACAUGUGGGACCACGUGCUGGAGGCAGAGAGGAUUAAAGAGUACGCAAAUCAGGACGGGUCUUGUGAUAGCAGAGGGAAUGUGAUUGGAUGGGGCAUUUCAGAGAUCAUUCCACAUGGUGGAGCUCAAUAUAUCAACUGAGACUGCACCAAUAUCUACUGGCAUAAAGCUGUAUAUUAAGUGUUUUUUAUUAUAUAAUUAUGGAUUUUUUUUGUAUUUACCUUCACUUUCAUUCCAAAUAUAAUAUAUGCUCCGCUUAAAGGGAUAUUUCACCCAUAAAAUAAAAUUCUGUCAUCGUUUGCUCGCCCUCCUCAUUCCAGACCUGUUUGACUCUUCUGUUGAACACGAAAGAAGAUUCAGUAUUUUGAAGAAUGCUAGAAAGCGGUACCCAUUGACCUCCAUAGCUUUUUUCCGUCUAUUAGGAAGUUAUCAACACAUUAACAAAUAUUUUCUUUUGUGUCCAACAAAAAAAGUACAAACACAUAAAGUUUUGGAACCACUUAAAGGUGAAAAUAAAAUACAAAAAUGUUAUUGAAUUAUAUGUUUAAUACUUACAAAUAGGACAAACAAACAAAAAGUACUGUAUAGUGCAAUUUAAAAGAACUGUUUUCUGUCUAAAUUUAUUUUAAAUAUCAAUUAUUAUUGUAGAAAAGCUGAAAUUUUUAGCAGCCUUUACUCAAUAUUUUAGUGUCACACAGUCCUUUUAUUUGCUCACCAAAGUGAAUUUUCAUCUUUUAAAAAGAUAAGCUCUUUUUCCCAAGAUAUAAAUUCACCCUCAUGUCAUUUCAAACUUGGGAUGCAUUUGCAAAAACCAUCAUCCUCCUAAAUUACGUAAUUACAAAACAUAGGUUAGCAAAUUCAGAGUUUCCUGAAUCUUUCAGAAUCUUAAAGUUGCCUUGUUUACAUUUUCUGUAAUUUGCUUCUAUAGUCAUUUUUAAUGCAGUUCAGUUUUAACGAUCUUCAGACUGACAGUUAUGCUCCCUUCUAUGUGCACUCCAAGAAUAUUUAUGCUAUUUUAAAUACAGGCGUGGUGUUAAAGAACGGUGACUUUUAUGAUUUACAAGUGGAAAUCUGUUACAUGAGUGUGAAUGAGUGUGUAUGUUUCCCAGUGAUGGAUCGCAGCUGGAAGGGCAUUCGCUGCGUAAACAAUAUGCUGGAUAAGUUGGUGGUUCAUUCUGCGGUGGCAACCCCAGAUAAAUAAAGGGACUAAGCCAAAAAGAAAAUGAAUGAAUGAAUGAAUGAAUGAAUCUGUUACAUUUCCGAAGCUUGUGAAAACAAAACUUGUAUUCAUUCAUUUAUUCAUUUUCCUUUGGCUUAGUCCCUGAUUCAUCAGAGGUCGCCACAGCAGAAUGAACCGCCAGCAAAACAUAUAUAUUAAGCGUUUUAAUUUAUAAUUAAAAAGUAUCUGUACUGCACAUUUAUGCAACAUUUUCGCAAUGUUUUGAGUAUAAUUUCAAGAAUUGCAAAAGUAAUUAAAAUAAAAAUCUUACACUUUUUUAACAUCAUUGUAUGGCCAUACAUUUAUAUAUGAGACUAUGAAUUGCAUGUUGUGAGUGGUUUAUGUUUCAUUUACAAUAUAUAUAAUAUAUGAAAAAAAAAUGUCUAAAGUAUGGGGGAAAAAAGAAACCAAUGCAAGAAAACAAGCUAAUUGUUUAUUUCAACUAUAACUCAUAUAACAUACUAAAUUAAAAGAAAAAAAAAUAUAUAUAGGUUCAGUCACAUUAGUCUUUGGCUGCAUUCAGGAUGCGAAUUACAGGGGGGUUUGGGGGGGGGAUUGACCCCCUUAAUUAUGGUUUGAUCCCCCCUGAAGGACGUCAAAACAACAUGUAUGGGGGGUGGAGGGUCAGAAACUGAAUAAGAAGUUUACUCUGAUCAGUAUUUUUAAUAAAAAGGUUAAUAAUUAAAAAAAAAUAGACAUCGGUUAGGGUGACUAGGUAGGUUUCCUCUGGGUGCUCCGGUUUCUCCCACAAGUCCAAAGACAUGCGCUAUAGGUAAAUUAAGCUUAAUUGUCUAUAGUGUAUAUGUGUGAAUAAGAGUUUAUGGAUGUUUCCCAGUGAUGGGUUGCAGCUGGAAGGGCAUUCGCUGUGUAAAACAUAUGCUGGAUAAGUUGGUGGUUCAUUCCGCUGUGGCGAUCCCUGAUUAAUAAAGGGACUAAGCUGAAAAAAAAAUGAAUGAAUGAUAUCCGUUAGACCACCCCUAUAACGGUUCAUAUCAUUGUGAAUGCAUAAUCACGUCAAUCAGUGUAUGCGAGAAAAAAGUCAUUCAACAGUCUGAAACCAGCAGAUUUAAAGCACUGAUAGACAUCGUAAGAGUUCACAAGACUGUUUUCUCAUAAAAUAUGUUUGUUUCUACAUAUAGCCUAAAAGUAAAAUCAAAUUAGACUCAUAGUUUGUAAGCCGAAAUAGCUAACCAGGCCAGAAUACACUAAAUAGCCUAUCCCACAAAACACUGAAAACUUCAAAACAUUUUAUUAAUAAAUUAGAUGAUAUUUAAAUAAAUACAUACAUCUGAUUCACUGAAGCAUGUAUGACACAAACUAACAUUACUGAAAAAGUUGACCCCUCAAUCCUCAAUGUAUAAUUCACACACUGGCUGCAUUUCAUUCUAAUUUGUUCAUCCCUAUACCCUAAUCUCUUUGAAGGGUUUACUCUCCGGAGUGAGAGGUUUAAAGCGAUGGAGGGUUUAGAACAACAGAACAAAAUCCUUUCAGGCUCUGAUGUUGAAUGAUAAAAUAACCCAAUGUCAUUUGGGACACAACUAAACUAAAGCAAGAGGGCCAUCCAUCUUUGUAUUUCUACAUGCCUUGACCAAACACUGCUCCUCAAAACAUAAAAUUGUCUAUAAACACAUCACUAACUAUAAAAUAUAUUUUCAAAAGAUUAAGGAUGACACUUCCUUCAAAACGCUUUCUUUAGUGGAAAAUCAAACCGGUUUGGAAUGUCAUGAGUGCAAGUAAACACUGACAGAAAUAUCAUUUUUGCAGGAACUUUCCCUUUAACUUAAAAACAUGCAUGCUAUACAAAUAAAACAGUUCAAUAUUGUGUUUUUUUAUUUAGUGCAUUAAGGACACAAACGAUUUAACAUGUAAAUAAAUUAGUUUAAUGAACAAACAGCUAAUAAAUUCUAGCAGUGUAGUUGCGGUGAGCGUAAUUAAUGGACUACAAAUGACUGAACUGCUUCUCUGUUGUUCCAAAUUUACAUUUUAAUGAGCUGGGGUGGGGUGGGGUGAGUCUGGAUUUAUUUACAGCACUGUGAUUGUUUACAUUGUUCACCAAUAAUGUAAAACAGACUGUCCCUUUUUUAUAGUUUAGUCAUUUAUAAUGUUUGUCUGGCGUAUUGCUGCAUAGGUGUUACUCUGCUAUGACCAUUGCCAGCUGGUCCAGUCUGACCACAAAUAAUAUAAAGUGAACCCAAACAAGGCGUGUGCUUAAACCAUAGUAGCAAUAACUCUGAAAUGAGACCCACACAUGUAUGUGUAAUGAUUACAAUGAGCAGUACUUUCCAGUGUUGUGUGAAGCAUAGAGGUCAGAAAAAACUUUUUCACAUUGACUGACCAAUUUUUUCCUGUCAACAAUAUUUAACUAGUAUUAAGGUCUAACACACCAUGUGUUAAUGUAUGUCAGUUGUUGUUUUUGCAUUUUAAUAUUGUAUAAAUGUCAUAAAAUUGAUUAUUUUGUAACAUGAAAAUUUUGAUUGAAUGCUAACAUGGUAUCUAAUAUAAUUUUCAGAAUAUAUUUAUAGUUUUAGGUUCAGUAUUGUUUGGCAUUCAUCACUGCUCAAAUUUUCGGUUUAGGUCUAUAUAUGUGAAUGUAAAAUUGUUGUGUUUUUAUAUUUCAUGUAUAUUCUCAACAUAUAUUUCCUCAAAGGUUACAUAGUCCUUAGAAAACUCUAGUUGUAAGUCUAUGCUCUCUAUAUGAGAAGAGAAGCGUAGCAUCAUCUAUUUAAAUAAUGUUUUUUUCUUUUUUUACUUGUAGAGCUAUUAUGUCAUUAACUAACUUUUUAACUCAACUAACAUUUUGUUAUAAGGAAGUUUAAAAAGUUCUGGAAACUUUACUAUCUCCUCUUUUAUUUUGGCUACAUUUGUAAUUAUAUACUUCUUUGUUUAAUUGUUAUGGACAAAAGAAUUAUAGGCACCUUUUCCUUUAAAUGUCUACUCCUGAUGUAGAAGUGAAAACGUGACUUAAAGAGCUUUUUAAACUGAUAAUGCAUAUUCACACCUCUGUGACAUCAUCAUGACUACACGAAAAGUUUAUUUACGAAGAGUCAUUUUACAACUUAAGUUGUGAAAGUAAAUUUAAGGUAAUAAGCUAAAAGACAACAUUGCUGGUUUUAAUUUACAUUUAUCAUCAUGAAUAUUAGACUGUAUACGACACUAAUAUAUUUGUUUAUGCUUAAUUUAAAGAUGCAAUACAGCACCAAUAAGGAUAUGUCAUUGUUUGGAUAAACUGACAAUGUAUAUGUUGAA